AUGGCUUCUGCCCUCAACAGCAACAUUCACGCUCCCGGGACUUGCCCGGGCUCCAAAGCCGAUGCCGGAGGUGGCGCCGGCUGGAGAAUGGACUGUGAUCCCGAGAUGCACGUGAAAAUGUGCAAGAAGAUCGCCCAGCUCACCAAGGUGAUCUAUACCCUCAACACCCGCCAGGAGGAGGCCGAGGCGGGCGUGGAGGCGCUGCGUCAGGCCCACCAGGAGGAGCUGCGGAAGGCGGUGGCCGAGACGGAGGCCAGGCUCCUGCAGGCGCAGGGCCGCGCGGGCGAGGAGGCCCUGAGGCAGCGCGUCCAGGCCCUGGAGAGCGCCCUGGAGCUGCAGAAGCGGCUGACGCAGGAGGCGCUGGCCCGGUCGGCCGCGUGCAGGCUGGAGACCCAGGAGAGGGAACUGAGGGUGGAGGCCGAGCACGCCGAGCGGGUGCUCACCCUCUCCAAGGAGAUGCUGGAGCUCAAGGCCGACUACGAGAAGAGGCUCCGGCACCUGAGCGGCCACGAGGCGCCCCGGUGGGGCCGGCUCGCCCAGGAGGGUCCCGAGCCCCAGGCCGAGCCGGGCUGCGGCCCCGAAAUGCGGGAGGUCCUGCUGGAAGUGGAGCGGCUGCGAGCGGAGAACCAGCAGCUGAGCAAGGACUAUGCUCGGAAGGCUGAGGAGCUGCAGGCCACGUACGAGCGGGAGAAUGAGGCCGUCCGGCAGGCCAUGCAGCAGUCGGUGAGCGAAGCCCUGUGGCAGUGGCAGGAGAAGGAGACCGACCUCCGGAAGAACUUCCAGGCGCAGGAGGCGGCCCUGCAGGCCCAGGUCCGGAAGCUAGAAGGGGAUCUGGAGCACAGAGGCCGCAAGAUAAGUGACCUGAAGAAGUACGCCCAGAAGCUGAAGGACCGCAUUCAGGACCUGGAUGUGCAGCUCAAGGAGGCUCGACAGGAGAAUUCAGAGUUGAAAAGCACUGCAGAAAAACUUGGGGAGAAGCUGGCUGUUGCCAAAGACAGGCUAAUGUUGCAGGAGUGUCAUGUGACACAGAAAAGCGAUGACAUGAAGACAGAGAGGGUUUCAGAGAAUAAAGUCCUAGGGAAAGAGAAUGAUUUGGAAGUCUGCAGUCUCCAUCCUCAGCAGGAUCAGAACUUUCCCAAGGAGUGUCCGUGCAUGAAAGGAGGCACAGAUACACAGACCAAGAAAGAGGCAUGUAUUGAGACAGAAUAUAUGAAGCAAAAAUAUGAAGACCUUCGUAAAAUCAAAGAUCAGACAGAAGAGGAGAAGAAACAUCUCAAAGACCAACUGGUGAAGCGCCUAGAAGACUUGGUGAAGAAGCACAUGGUGGAAAUCCAAUUAGUUCGCUCAUCAGUGGAAGCUGAGAGGCAGAGGCUACAGAAGGAAGUAGAAGCACAGUUGGAGGAAUUGAAGAGGAAAUCAGAAAAUGAAAUAAAGCAUCUGCAAGAAGAGAAAGAGGCCCUAAGUGUGAAGCUCCAGAAUUCACUGCUUGAGGUUUUAAGGCUGGAAGAAUUUAUCCAACAGAAUAAUGUACGUCCCCCGAGAGGCAAUGAACGGCCCCAAGAACUGGACUGCCAGCACUGCAACAUUUUAGAGACCCAGGAUCCAUGCUUGAGGCCGAAUGAACCUUCUCAGACUCUGCCCAGAGGAGAAGAGUUUCAAGAUAAGUUAGCAGCUGAAGAAGGAACCCACAGCGAUGGAGAGGAAAGGAUCGAAGUGCCCCUCAAGGAGGGAAGUGACCUGCAGCCUCCGCUGGGCUCUUUGCUGAAGGAGAAGGCGCCGGAAAUCCAGCGACUGCAGGAUGAGUGGCAGAGCCAGAAAGCCAGAUUGCAAGCCCAGGUCUCGCAGAUGCAGCAGGCUCUGGAGCAGUGCACCAGCAACUACAGGGAGGACCUGCGGGCGCUCAAGCAGCUCUCCGACCGCGAGCUCCAGGAGACUGUCCAGCAGAAUCAGGUGGCGAAAGCUCAGCUCGAGGCCGCCCACCAACGAGCGCUCCGCAUGCUCGAGAAGGCCAAAAACCAGGAAGUCAAGGCCACAGAGGAGCACUUGAAGAAGGAAUCCAGCCACAGCCUCCAGAUCCAGCACCAGGCGCACCGGCUAGAGCUACAGGCCUUGGAGGAGAAGGCCCAGCAAGAGCUCCAGGGAGAGCUGGAGAGGAUGCAGGCUCAGCAGGCGCUGUUGCUAGAGGCCCUGAGGCAGGAGCUGGCGGAGCAGCGGGCUGCCUGCUCUGAGCACCAGAAGGACUUGGAAGCGCUGCAGGCUGAGCUGAGGGCCCCGGGCAGUGUGGGCAGGCGACAGGCCAUCAGCCAGUGUCCAGGGGACAGCGAGGACCAUGCCGGCACUGCAGAGGAGGGGGCCGGUCCGGGCCAGGCGGGCUCCCCGACGGGCAAGGGCGCCGCCGAGCAGGAGCCGAGCGAGGGAUGCGGCCUCUGGGAGGAGAACUCGCAGCUCAAGGAAACAGUGCGGCGGCUGCAGGCCGAGGUGGAACAGCACCGGCAGGAGGCGCUGCAGCUCCGCGACCAGCGCAGGCUGCUGGAGAAGGAUCAGCAAGCCCAGUGGGCCCGGGAGGUGGAGAUGCUACGCCAGGAACACCGGAAGGAGAUGCAGGCCAUGGUGGCCGAUUUCAGCAGCGCUCAAGCGCAGCUCCACGCCCGGCUGGCUGCCCUGGAAACCGAACUGAAAGAUUCCAGAGAGAAGCCAGGAAAGUGGGAGUUGAGACCAGAGGACGUUCAGCUCACAGGCCGUCUGCAGACCCGCUUGAAGGAGAGGGAGGAGAUCAUCAAGCAGCUCACGGAGGAGAGAAGAUUUCACUACGCAGCAUUCCCCAGCGCAGUGUCCCAUCGGAAUCGGUCCUUCUCUUUCAAUCCUCGCCCAGGGUAUUUGACCCCUUCCAUGAAGAAAAAGAAGAUGGAGGAAGUGCCCAGCCGAGUGGUCAGUGUGCCAAACCUCGCUUCCUAUGCUAAGAACUUUCUGAGUGGCGACCUGAGCUCCAGGAUCAACACUCCUCCGAUAACUAAGUCACCCAGCUUGGACCCAGGCCCCAGCUGUGGCCAGCCUUACAAACCCACCCCAUCGCUAGAUAUAAAAACUGCCACAAGGACACAAGAUGAUGAAACAGCCCAACCCAAAGAAGUCCAGCAGAAGCAGGGCUCAGCCCACCAGGAAUGGUUUACCAAAUAUUUUUCUUUCUAAACUGAU